CAUUUCCCAUCCUGUCUCAUCCCAAGGGAAAAAAAAAGAGUUCAUAAACCCUGCUAUCCCCACAGUAGCUCCCAAACCUCGGACCGAACCUAAAAUCCGGCGUAAGGAGUGCAUGGAAGGUGAGCAAAAAAGACAUCGCUACAUAGGUAUCGUCGCCCGCUGUCCAUUAGAACGCCUGCCUGCCUGCCUGCCCACGCCAGCGAAGCCUGUCCCCUUUCCCCAUGCUAAGAAAAGUAACGAAAAAGUAAAAAAAGCAAGCAACGCUGUCAUAAUACAUGGAAUUGUAUGCAUUCAGAGUACUGAAACUGUGGUGAAUGCACUGUAUUCCUGACGAUGUGCGAGCCCAACGCGACCGCGCGCUUCGUUAAGAGGUCGUCGCGAGGAGGAAAGACGGGUGUUUGGUGUGACAUGAGGGUUAGA